CAUAGACGUUUGAAUCUCAAGUUCGUCGGAACAUUCACCUUUGAAAACCAUCCCCCGGUCCACAAAAAGCUAAACUGUGUUGAAGCUUGUUCACCUAAGUCAAUUAGUGCAGUCUUUUGGCUGUGCAGCAUAAAUUGAGAUUAGAGAGAUUAGACUGUAAUGCUUCUUCGCCAAUGUCCGAAGCGUCCAAUUUGGAGAUCCCCCCCCCCCCCGUCGCUCUCGCUGCUUCGUCUCAUCCAUUCGCUCUCUGGACCCAUUGCCUGCUGCCAUGAAGGCUCCUUUUGUCCUGCUGCUGGUGCUCUCUCUGGCCAGCCACAGCGGUGCCCUCAAAUGCCACACAUGUGCAGCAUCCAGCGAGGAUGACUGUAACAAACAAGGCUCCGCCUCCUGCCCGCAGUAUGCUGAUGCCUGCGCCACCAUCACCGGACCCCACACAGUGCUCAAGUCGUGCACCUACAAGGCUUUUUGUGACAAAGCUCACGGCAGCAACUCUGGAGCCAAGAUGGAGUGUUGUUAUGGCGACAACUGUAACGGCCCGCACAGGAGCCACAGUCAAGGAGACCAGCACCACAGCGGCGCGGCAGCUCGAACUUGCAGCCCCGUCCUGCUGCUCAGUGCCGUGCUCCUGCGUCUGGCCGUUAGCUACGUGUAAACACUCUGACGCCACAGUUUAUUGUAUUCGCCUACAGUAAUUCUCUUUUAUUAUAUGAUCCAUCAGUUCAACCCCCAGCUGUUUCUGCAGUGCCCCACUGAGAUUUUUACAACCUCUUGAAUGUUAGGAUGAGCUGCUGGUUAGGCAUUUGAAGAGUAUGGCGAAUAAAAAAGUUGUUAUUUUUAAUGACAGCCUUUCAAGCCUAGUUGGUUCAUUGUUACCACCACAAGGUUGUUUUCAUUCACAGUUGUUGGGCUCUUUGGAUUUUAAUUUUGAGCACACAAUAAGAUUAUGUUGGAUUUUUGUUAUAGUCUACGACCCCUGCCUUUUGCUGUCGACCAGUUUAGGGUGUUCCCGCCACAGUGACGAUUGUCAGUUUGGAGAAUGUAUCAGACUUCGCAUUAGUAGUACCCAAGAAAAACAUCUCAUAAACCCAAUUCCAAACCAGCUGCAGUCUUGAGUUGAUAAUGAAUAAGUGGAUGUUUUUUUUUUUUUCAUAAUAUUGCUGUCAUACUGUGUUUAGUGCUUUAAUUGUUUUUGUUUUGUAUCAGCUUGUGUAAAUAAACAAUAUAGUGACAACCAUACUUUUCUACACAUUUG